CUGGACACUUUUACCUCUCUGGACCAGAUGAUCGAGGACUCUAUUGCUGUGUCAGCCGUGUCCACUUCAGCCAGCCUUAUGCUGAUAGAAGGUGAUGUUUUCUAUUUAUAUUUUGUGAUACUGUUUGACACUCAUAGUUACAGACACAAAUUCCUAAUGUGGUAUGUGCUGUAUAAACAUGCAACGUUUGAAGACACUACAGAAGAUCAAAAUAAAUCUGAAAUGAUUGAAGGAAAAAAUCAGAAAAGUCUAGAGAAGCCAAGGGAGUUUAAAGAAAGGAUAUUUGAAGAAAGCGAACAUCCAUCUUUGCUAAAUGAGAAACAUCAGCUGUAUAAACCAUUGCAUGUCCCAUGCAUUCCUCGGAAAUUAGUCCAGUCUGUACAGAGUAUUAGAUUCUCAAUGCAACGAAUAGAAACAGGGAGAGAAGAAAAAGAAAAGCCUGUGGAACUUUCAGUGGCCACUAGCAGUUCCUCCAGCCUUGCAGAAAAUUCGUCACAGAUGGUUAUUGAUACUGCAGGGACUAAUAAUCCACAAAUUACCCAAGUUCCAUCAAUAGCAAGCUUACAAAACCAAAUGGAAUUCAGACUGGUAAUUCCUCCAAAGCAGAUGACUUCUAAUCAACAGUUUGAGAGUGAAAAUGCAGUAAUAGCAAACCAAGAGACCAAAUGUGGUGAUAAAGAAGUAGAAGAUGAGCCAAAGGAUUCUUCGUAUAUACCUCAGGACAUACAAACAUGUUUUAAGUCAAAUGAAGAUAAUCCUGGCACAGCAGAAGAAAGUGCAGAACAUUUUCUAAGAGCACAUGAAGCACCUGAGUUUGUAGCAACACCUGACUCAAAGGGGAAGAAAAGCCAGUUCUCUAAAACACCGCCAUUUGACUUCAUUCACAAUUUAGGUUGUGAAGAAGGGACAUCAAAAUCUCCCAGUUUCUUUUCUCUCAUGAACUUCUCCCAGAAGUCACCUGGCUUUAAUUUAUUUGAUUCUUCUGUGUUUGGGGCAGAAAAUUCAUCUGACGAGACAGAUGAAAGUUAUUCUGUAGGAAACAUGAACACUCUGUCCCCACACAAAGAUAUUGGAAGCUUGUUUGGGAAAUCAGAAGGUGAGGAAGCAUUUGCCUUUCCCUUCCCCUCGGAAUCGACUUCUCAUGCAUUUGGAGAUGGAAAAGAUGACUUUAGUUUUCCAUUUGCAUUUGGACAGGAUCAGAGAUCAUCACAGUCUCCUUCUGUGAAAGGUUUUCAUUCUUCCUUACAAAAUACAAAGCCAUUUACAUUCUUUUGAAUACCUUUGACUUCCUCUUAAAUUCUUUUCCUACUUAGCCUUGACAAAUGUUUUCAGUUUCUUAAGUUAAAGUACAAAGCAUUUUAUCUUCUCCUUUCAUUUCAUGUAAGAAUACAUUAUUGCAAUUGCUGCAAGAGAAUGUGCAUGUUCAUCAAGCACACAUGCUUUGAGAUGUAGCUUUUAUUUUUCUUAUUUAUUUUCUAAAUAUGUUGUUUUCGUAAAAAAUUAUGAUACGCUCUCGCUA